GGGGGCAUUAGUGCUUGUAUCGACCAGUGAUGUCGACAUAUGAAAUUAGAUGUUACAAACAUGAGGAAUAAUAGCAAAAAUGUGAAAAAUAAGGGAUGUGAGACGAAGAAAGACAAUGAAAAGCACUGUGAGAAGAAAUUUGAUAAAAAGAAGUACAGAUUACAAAAGUACAGCAAUAAAUAUAAAAUUAAUCAAUGGGAAGAAAGGAGGAAAAAAGCUGUGUUACGUGAAUUUUACAAGGAAGUCCAGAAAGAUCAACGGAAUUCAGCACAAGAUUCAUUAAAUUUAAGUAAUACAUCCAAAGAAAGUGAGAUAACAAGCAAAUCGAAAAAGAAGGGAUAUGCCUUUUACAAAGCUAAGCAAGAGUAUAAACGUAAACUUGACGAGAAGAAGACAAAAAUAGAAGAUGCCAAUCGCAGAAAAGAAGAACGAGAAGAAGCUUUGAAAAAAUAUAAGGAGAAAAAAAUACGUAAUUUCAAGGUGCUAUCGAAAAAGACGAAAAAAGGACAACCUGUUAUGAAGGGCAGAGUAGAAAUGCUGUUAGAAAAGAUACAGCAAAGUUUAGCAUAAUUUAUAAUUUUUUUAGGGAGAAUAAUGUUAUUUUAUCUCAUAGACUGUGAUUUAGUCAUAAUGAGUCAAAAGAUAAAAGCGCAUUGUACAUUGUAACAUAAAUGUUAUCCAGAAAAACAAUGAAUUGUCAAAAAAUUUUGUAUGAAAUAUACACAACAUAAAAAUAUAUAGAAUAUCACAGA